AUGAAGAUAAUUGUUAUUAUUGUAGCUAUCAUUUUCGGAAUUAAGCUUGAAGGAUGCGAUUGUAAGAUUGUGCAGUUCAUUUUUGGAGACUCUCUUUCUGAUGUUGGAAACAAUAAGCAUCUCUCUAGAAGCCUUGCUCAAGCAAACCUCCCUUGGUAUGGUAUAGAUAUGGGCAAUGGGCUGCCUAAUGGAAGAUUCUCUAAUGGUCGCACAGUUGCUGACAUUAUAGGUGACAAGUUAGGCCUACCGAGGCCCCCUCCGGUCCUAGACGCAUCUUUAACUGAGAAAGAUAUACUAAUAAAUGGAUUAAACUAUGCUUCUGGUGGUGGUGGAAUCUUGAACGAAACCGGCACUUAUUUUAUUGAAAAAUUAUCACUAGACAAACAAAUUGAACUCUUUCAAGGAACACAAGAACUAAUCAGAAGCAAAAUCGGAAAAAGAGCCGCGGAUAAUUUUUUUCGAGAAGCUCGUUAUGUUGUUGCUUUAGGUAGCAAUGACUUUAUCAACAACUACUUGAUGCCUGUUUACACUGAUUCAUGGACAUACAAUGAUGAAACCUUCAUGGAUUACUUGAUAGGAACACUAAGAAGACAACUAAAGGUUCUUCAUAGUUUAGGAGCAAGACAAUUGAUGGUGUUUGGGUUGGGUCCAAUGGGCUGCAUUCCACUCCAAAGGGUGCUUUCCACAACUGGAAAUUGUAGAGAAAAAGUAAAUAAACUAGCUGUUGCUUUUAAUAAAGCUUCAAGUGAACUCGUCGAUGAAUUGGCGAAACAACUUCCGAAUUCAAACUAUAGGUUCGGAGAUGCGUAUGAUGUUGUCUCUGAUUUGAUUAGUAAUCCUGCCAAGUACGGAUUCGAAAACUCAGACUCGCCAUGUUGUUCGUUUGGGAGAAUUCGACCAGCGCUUACAUGCGUACCUGCGUCAAUACUGUGCUCAGACCGAAGCAAAUACGUGUUUUGGGACGAGUAUCAUCCCUCGGACAGUGCUAAUGAACUAAUUGCAAAUGAACUUAUUAAAAAAUUUGGAUUUUCGCGUGUUGAUCAAGUUGCCGCUCCUUCACCAGCACCUUCUAUUGCUCCAUCUCCACAAAACUAA